GAGAUCGUCUUACGCUCAGAACUAUUUUCCUAAGAGGAAAGAAAGACUACGCUGAUGAGAAAGAAUUAUCUGUGAUCUUUCCGCUUAGUUGGGAAUUCUGCUUUCAAUUUCUUGAAGUCUUUGAACUAAUGGAAAAUGUAAUACAAUACAUUUUAAAGUACCCUAACGUCAUCAAAGAAUUAAUAAAAUAUCUGACAAAAUCAUCUAAAUUUUCUGAAUUUUCCAUUCGUCACUGUAUUUCAUGUAUUACUGAUCAAAUCUAA